ACUUGCUUGCUCCCCCCGCCAGCGGAAGCGCCCGCGGAGCACAAUGCAGCACUGAGGCAUCGCGGCGGUGGAGGCUGCAGCGCAGCGACCGCAGUAGCGCUGGGCCGGGGCUGGGAGGGGGCUUCCGAGGCAAGCCUGGGGGCGCCGACCAAGGCAGCUAGACCCAGCUGCCCAUGAGAAGCUGAGCGUCUGCGGCGGGGUGGGCUGACAGCCAGCACCAUGCAGGCGGCAGCGGCUGCGCCCGUGCUCUUCUUGCUGCUCUGCGCCUUGCCCGCGCGGUGCGGCCGGGCAGGAGACGCCUCGUUGACUGAGCUGGAGAGGAGGAACGACAACCGCUUCCUGGAGCGCCAGAGCAUCGUGCCGCUCCGGCUCAUCUACCGCUCCAGCAGCGAGGACGAAACUCGGCACGACGCGCUCGACACGCGGGUGCGGGGCGACCCCGGGGGCCCGCAGUUGACUCAUGUUGACCAAGCAACCUUCCAGGUUGAUGCCUUUGGAACAUCAUUCAUUCUCGAUGUCAUGUUAAAUCAUGAUUUGCUGUCCUCUGAGUACAUAGAGAGACACAUUGAACAUGGAGGCAAGACUGUGGAAGUUAAAGGAGGGGAGCACUGUUACUACCAGGGCCACAUCCGAGGAAAUCCUGCCUCAUUUGUUGCAUUGUCAACAUGCCAUGGACUUCAUGGGAUGUUCUAUGAUGGGAACCACACAUAUCUCAUUGAGCCAGAAGAAAAUGACAUGUCUCAAGAAGAUUUCCGAUUUCAUUCAGUUUACAAAUCCAGAUUGUUUGAAUUUCCUUUGGAUGAUCUUCCAUCUGAAUUUCAACAAGUAAACAUCACUUCACCAAAAUUUAUUUUGAACCCAAAACCAAGAAGGAGUAGAAGGCAGCUUCGCCGACAUCCACGUAAUGUAGAGGAAGAAACAAAAUAUAUUGAACUGAUGAUUGUGAAUGAUCAUCUCAUGUUUAAAAAACAUCGGCUUUCAGUUGUACAUACCAAUACAUAUGCGAAAUCUGUGGUCAACAUGGCAGAUUUAAUAUAUAAAGACCAACUUAAGACCAGGAUAGUAUUGGUUGCCAUGGAAACCUGGGCAGCUGACAACAAGUUCGCCAUAUCUGAGAAUCCAUUGAUCACUCUACGUGAGUUUAUGAAAUACAGGAGGGAUUUUAUCAAAGAGAAAAGUGAUGCAGUUCACCUUUUUUCGGGAAGUCAAUUUGAGAGUAGCCGGAGCGGGGCAGCUUAUAUUGGUGGGAUUUGCUCAUUGCUGAAAGGAGGAGGCGUGAAUGAAUUUGGGAAAACUGAUUUAAUGGCAGUUACACUUGCCCAGUCCUUAGCCCAUAAUAUUGGUAUUAUCUCAGACAAAAGAAAGUUAGCAAGUGGUGAGUGUAAAUGUGAGGAUACAUGGUCUGGAUGCAUAAUGGGAGAUACUGGCUAUUAUCUUCCUAAAAAGUUCACCCAGUGUAAUAUUGAAGAGUAUCAUGACUUCUUGAAUAGUGGAGGUGGUGCCUGCCUUUUCAACAAACCUUCUAAGCUUCUCGACCCUCCUGAGUGUGGCAACGGCUUUAUUGAAACUGGAGAGGAGUGUGACUGUGGGACUCCUACAGAAUGUGGCCUUGAAGGAGCAGAAUGUUGUAAGAAAUGCACCUUGACUCAAGACUCUCAGUGCAGUGAUGGCCUUUGUUGUAAAAACUGCAAGUUUCAGCCUAUGGGGACUGUGUGCCGAGAAGCAGUAAAUGAUUGUGAUAUUCGUGAAAAAUGCUCAGGAAAUUCAAGCCAGUGUGCCCCUAACAUUCAUAAAAUGGAUGGAUACUCAUGUGAUGGUGUUCAGGGAAUUUGCUUUGGAGGAAGAUGUAAAACCAGGGAUAGACAAUGCAAAUACGUCUGGGGGCAAAAAGUGACAGCAUCAGACAAAUACUGCUAUGAGAAACUGAAUAUUGAAGGGACCGAGAAGGGUAACUGUGGCAAAGACAAAGACACCUGGAUACAGUGCAACAAACGGGAUGUGCUUUGUGGCUACCUUUUAUGUACUAAUAUUGGUAAUAUCCCAAGGCUUGGAGAACUGGAUGGUGAAAUCACAUCUACUUUAGUUGUACAGCAGGGGAGAACAUUAAAUUGCAGUGGUGGCCAUGUUAAGCUUGACGAAGAUGUAGAUCUUGGCUAUGUGGAAGAUGGUACACCUUGUGGUUCUCAAAUGAUGUGCUUAGAACACAGGUGUCUUCCUGUGGCAUCUUUCAACUUUAGUACUUGCUUAAGCAAUAAAGAAGGCACUAUUUGUUCAGGAAAUGGAGUUUGUAGUAAUGAGCUGAAAUGUGUGUGUAAUAGACACUGGAUUGGUGCGGACUGUAACACUUACUUCCCACACAAUGAUGAUGCAAAGACUGGUAUAACGCUGUCUGGCAAUGGUGUUGCUGGUACCAAUAUCAUAAUAGGCAUAAUUGCUGGCACUAUUUUAGUACUGGCCCUCAUAUUAGGAAUAACUGCAUGGGGUUAUAAAAACUAUCGAGAACAGAGGUCAAAUGGACUUUCGCAUUCUUGGAGUGAAAGAAUACCAGACACAAAGCAUAUUUCAGACAUCUGUGAAAAUGGGCGUCCUCGAAGUAAUUCUUGGCAAGGUAACCUGGGAGGCAACAGAAAGAAAAUCAGAGGCAAAAGAUUUAGACCUCGGUCUAACUCAACUGAGUAUUUAAACCCAUGGUUCAAAAGAGACUAUAAUGUAGCUAAGUGGGUAGAAGAUGUGAAUAAAAACACUGAAGGACCAUACUUUAGGACUUUAUCACCUGCCAAGUCUCCUUCUUCAUCAACUGGGUCUAUUGCCUCCAGCAGAAAAUACCCUUACCCAAUGCCUCCACUUCCCGAUGAAGAGAAGAAAGCCAACCGACAAAGUGCCAGGCUAUGGGAGACAUCCAUUUAAGAUCAACUGUUUACAUGUGACACAUCGAAACUGUUUACUUCAACUUUUAUAGAAACCCAGCCUCAUGGAAACACUGCAAAUCUAUCUGCUCUUCAGACAACACAAAGACCCUCUGAGAUGGCACAGAGGAGAGGAAGCUGAUUAUCACAUCUAGAUAUCAUUUUCUUUUUGUCAUUGGCUUAGGAUUUAACUGAACCAUGAAAAGAAAUGUUAUAUUAUAACACAGAACAAUAAAGGGACUGGUAUGUUAAUGGAUAAUCCGCAUGACAGAUAUAAGUAGAACUAUCACUAAAAUUAACUCACAUGACCCAAAUGUAGCAAGUUUCUUAAGGGACUACAGUGGAUUCAGAACUUGACAUUCUGAAGCACAUUCUCCUUGUAGACAGUAAUGCUAUGUGCAUGAAGCUUCUGUUUAUUGUUUUCCACAUGUAAGGAAACAACAUCCCAUAAUAGAAACUAGCAUGCGGGGCUAAGGCAUAUAGGAUCUUUCUGCAGGACUUUUAAGCUUUGAGAGGCCAAUAUCCCAUAUCUAACUUUAAACAUGUAUUUUAAUUUUUGUUUUAUUUUUUACUUUUCAUACUUAUAGCAGCAUACACGGACAAUUGUACAUAUGUAAACAUUUUUAAAAUUAAAAAGAAAAACAGCUGUUACACACAAGUGUAUUUUGCCAAAUGCCUAAAAACAGUCUAUUACAAAUCACAUCAUCAUCAUCCAUCAAAUGGUCCUUAAAGAUUGUACACAGAUGUUGUAAAUAAUAGUGAUCAGUGCUGUAAAUUUGUCUCUCCAUAAUUAGUAUUUGUCCAAAACAUGUGAUAUCUCUUUAAAUUAUAGACAGUCUGGAGGCAGUUUUAUUGAGUGGUUCAUUGAGCAAAAGAACAAGAUGUCCAGCAAUUCCUAUGGCCUCCACAGCCUGCUGGAGCAGGAGCCCA